AUGUACGGUAGUAGAUUAGUCAAAAUCAAGAACGGGGCUAUGUGUUUACUUGCCUUCCUUGUUGCAGCUCCUACUGUGCAAACCAAUGGUUUCAUUUAUGCGAAAGUUUUUGGUGGAUUUGAGAAGAUUAGAACAUCGAUUUGUGAUCUUGUCGCCAUAGCCAGGCUUCUAAACGCUACACUUGUCAUUCCAGAGAUUCAAGAAAGUAUUCAGUCAAAAGGCAUCAGUUCCAAGUUCAAAAGUUUUUCGUAUGUCUACAACGAGGAGGAAUUUAUAGCAGCUCUUGCAAAUGAUGUAGUUAUCGUGAAAAGCCUGCCCCCCAAGUUGAAGGCAGCCAGGAAACGUAAACAAUUCCCAACUUUUAAGCCUAAAAGUUCAGCUUCUCCAAAUUUUUAUAUUUCUGAAGUCUUACCCAAGUUAAAACAAGCAAACGUUAUUGGGUUAGUACUUAUUGAUGGAGGCUGUCUACAGCCCAUUCUUCCCCCUAACUUGGUAGAGUAUCAAAGGCUCAGAUGUCGGGUUGCAUUUCAUUCACUACAGUUCCGUCCUGAAAUUAUGGCACUUGGGCACCUCAUGGUUGAAAGGUGA